AUGCCCCGCGCGCUCAAGGCCACUGGCAAGACCAGACACGACCCUCUGCUCGUACAGUUGCGCGAGGACGAGGUGCACGCAAAAUAUGGCAAGGUCUCCCAGCCAGGAAGGCGACAAAAGCAAAGAACCGACGACGAGGACCACGAGGAGGCAGUACUAGAUCCGAAAACUUCGCGGCGGAUAUUGGAGCUCGCAAAGGAUCAGCAAGAUGAACUGGAGGAGGCGGAGGAUAAUCAGGAAGGCGAUGGAUCAAGAGAACCUCGCAUGCAGGAUGGUCUAGAGGAAGAGGAGGAGGAAGAAAUCGAGGAAUAUGUGUACGAGCCGGAGGAGGAGUUCCAAAUCGAUGCCGGGGAUCUGAAGACGUUAGACUCUCUUCUUCCUCCGGACACUGGCGAGCGACGUACUCUCGCCGAUAUCAUCUUCGCAAAACUCGAGAGCGGCGAGAUUGGCCAUGUUACGACGGCACCAAAACCAGAAUAUGAUCCAACACGACCGCCUGAUCCCGCGGAGGGCCUGGAUCCCAAAGUUGUAGAUGCAUACACGAAAGUCGGCCUAAUCCUGCGGCGACACACUUCCCCGACCGCUCCGUUACCAAAACUUUUCAAGGUCAUACCUUCGCUUCCGGGCUGGGCACGCAUACUCGCCCUGACUCGCCCGGAGGAAUGGUCCCCCCAAGCAACAUACGCGGCCACUCGUCUUUUCAUCUCUCAGAUGAAGCCAGCGCAAGCGCGAGUAUUCCUCGAAGGCGUGCUCUUGAAUGCAAUCCGAGAAGACAUCCAGGACCGCACCAGCUCGGGGAAGAAAAACAACAAGCCGUUGAAUGUCCAUUAUUACGAAGCGCUCAAGAAAGCGGUAUACAAGCCGAGUGCGUUCUACAAGGGCAUCGUCUUUCCGUUGCUCGAGGGAGGCUGUACACUAAAGGAAGCGGCUAUCGUGGCUUCCGUACUCGCGAAAAAGAAAAUCCCUGUCCUCCAUUCGUCGGCGGCGCUCAUACGCAUUGCUGAAAUGGACUAUACGGGCCCCAAUUCGCUGUUCAUCCGUGUGCUACUUGACAAGAAAUACACUUUCCCGUACAAGGUCAUCGACGCCUUGGUGUUCCAUUUCAUCCGUCUUUCAAACUCGUACAAAGCGCGCAAGCUCGGUGAUGCGGAGAAGCUUCCGGUCCUCUGGCACCAAUCUCUCCUCGUCUUCUGCCAACGGUAUGCCUCUGAGCUCACGGCGGAUCAAAAAGACGCGUUGCUGGAUGUCGUACGGGUGAAUCCGCACCCACAGAUAUCACCUGAGGUGAGGCGUGAGCUGGUGAGUUCCGUCAUGCGGGGCGAACCACGGCCGGAUGCAGACGGGGACGUGGCCAUGUCAUGAUUUGUCGCCGCGGGGGGGGGGUGUCAGAUGAGCAUGCACGGAUGAUGGGCGUUUUUGUGUUGUACGCGUGUUAAACCCAUGCAUUCGAUGCACGC